CUUUAAUUUUGUUUUUAUUUAAAAAUCCCCGCACCGCAGCGGAAGCCAUCCAUCCCCGGCCGGCUCUCAUCUCAAAUCCCAGCCACGAUGACGACGACGAUGAUGAGGCUGAGGCAGCACCUGGCCUCCUCCCCUAUUUAUACCUCCGCCAUCGCCAGGAUCGGCAACAACAGAGCCCACCGCCUACUCCCCGUCGCACCACCGCAAAAGCACCGCCCGACAAGUACCACCAACAAGCUCCUGCUCCUGAUUGUUCUGCUACUCUUCUUCUUCUUCUUCCUCCGCUUGGUCCCGACCGUCUUGUUGCCCCCAGCGCGAGUCAUGUCGUCGUCUUCCUCCGCUUCGGAUGCCGCUGCCGCCGUGCCGUUCGAGAAGCCCAGGGCCGUGGUCAAGAAGCUCCUCGCCGAGUCGCAGUCCGAGGGGCAGGGCGCCACCGUCCGGAGGAGCAUCGGCAGCCAUGAGCUCAGGAACCUGGACCCCUUCCUCAUGCUCGACGAGGUCUCAGUCUCCAAGCCCGCCGGGUUCCCCGACCAUCCCCACAGAGGAUUCGAGACAGUCACCUACAUGCUCGAGGGAGCCUGCAUCCACCAGGACUUUGCGGGCCACAAGGGCACCAUCAGGGCAGGGGAUGUCCAGUGGAUGACUGCCGGCCGGGGCAUCGUGCACUCGGAGAUGCCGGCGGGGGACGAGGUGAAUAAGGGCCUGCAGCUCUGGAUCAACCUCUCCUCCAAGGACAAGAUGAUCGAGCCCCGGUACCAGGAGCUCCAGAGCAAGAACAUCAGCCGCGCCGAGAAGGACGGCGUCGAGGUCCGGAUCAUCGCCGGCGAGGCCUUCGGCGUGCGCUCCCCGGUCUACACGCGCACCCCGACCAUGUACAUGGACUUCACCAUGCGCCCGGGCUCCCAGCUCCACCAGCCCAUCCCGGAGGGCUGGAACGCCUUCGUCUACAUCGUCGACGGCGAGGGCGUCUUCAGCCGGGACAAGUCGGCACCCGUGUCGGCGCACCACUGCAUCGUCCUGGGCGCCGGCGACGGGAUCAGCGUCUGGAACAAGUCCGGCGCGCCGCUGCGGUUCGCGCUGGUGGCCGGGCAGCCGCUGGGCGAGCCGGUGGUGCAGCACGGGCCGUUCGUCAUGAACUCCCGCGCCGAGAUCCAGCAGGCCAUGGAGGACUACUACUACGGCAAGAACGGGUUCGAGAGGGCCAGCCAGUGGAGCUCCUCCGCCUGAUCAUCGAUCACCCGCUUCUAAAUUCUGAUGCAUGCAUUUCUUGAGAAAUUGACAUGGAAGACAAGGAAAUUGCUGUCCUGCAUACCUGGAUGGGAAAAGACUAAAGAGUAGUAGACCAUUAGUAGAUACUCUGAUCUUGAUUAUGAUUUUUACAUUUUUUUAAUGAUUGUAUUGUAGAAGCAUGUGCUUGUCGUUUGUACGGUGAUUUGUUAUAAGCAGGAUGGCAAAUUCCACUGUUCAUCAUAAUCAAGAUACACAAUCCAAGUCAACAUCA